CUUUCUCCGAAGAGAAGGACUGCCUUUGAUAGGGCAUUUGUUAUCAGCGUAUGGAGGGAGGAGACGAUGGAGACGAGAAUCGCGUUGUGUCUGUCAUCUGAUUCUUUUCCUGCUGGGAGAGAGAAAAAAAAGCGUGCGAAACCCCACCCUCUCGCUGACUGUAAGCACGGACGUAGUGUGGUGAGAGAACGGGACGAGAGAAGGCGUUAGAAGGAACGGGAACAUAACAAACCUACAAAAAGAUAACAACGAUUUUCCAGAUAUCUGUCUUUAACAGCUCACGAAUAUCUUGGAUUUAGUCUGUGAACUGUCAGAGGAUUUGAGGAAGUAAAUGCUGUCCGCUGGAUGUGUGUUUCUCUUCAAAAAAUAGACCAAGUCGGUUUGUAUGGUCCUUCCUGUUCAGAAAACUCGAAGGAAAGAAACUUCACUUUCUUCAUGUGAUCGUCCAAGUACUUGACAGCGUCCUUCAUCUGCUCAACAAUCACACGAUGGCACCUUGAAGAUGCAAGAAGUGUCGGAAUAGUAUAACUGAAAACAGGGUUGUUUUCGGCUAGGACCGUUACCCACUUUGUGAAAGAGCUGACCAACUUGCCGUAAAGCACGGGAGCGCAAAACUCAAUGCUCUUUUCCUGCCAUUCUUCUCGACUUCUCUCCGCUUCCUGCUUGUGGUGGCCACGGCACUUAACGACUAAAAAUACAGAAAACUCUAGAUGGACAACUGAAUCGAGCUGGGAUUAUUUCGGUCACUUCGCCAGACAAUGCGUUAUCACUCAACAUUUAGAGCAGUUUGGUUUAUGUUGUUGCAUUGUGAUUCUUGCAAUUGCGUUGUUGCAAUAGAGACAUUCCCAGAGUUAUUUUAUGAUUAGAGACUAAACAGGAUUUUUAUGAAUAUUUCCGGUUUGCAGUUUUAACUAGUAAACACAUUGGAUGUGCAGUGGUAAAAUAUAAUCAGGCUAAUAACCAGGAAACAAUGUACAACACGAACUCUUAACAGGAAUAGCAUUGUCAAUCAUGCCUUUUUACGCACUGGCACGGUUGACCAAAUUCUUGCACACAGUGAGCCCUUGUGUUUGAUCAUUGUCAUUUUAUAUGGAGACAUAUGCAUUCCAUGUCUGCUCUUUUCGGUGAUAUCAGUUCAGCUACAGCUAAACACGACUCUGUGUUUGCUUGCCUGGCUUCGGAGGGGAUUUUACAAGUCCCCGAUGAGCCCACUAAACGCAGAGGACAGGGAGAGCGGAGUUAUAAAGUAUGCGUUUGUACUUUAUUUUCAAUAUCUCACAAGAUCGAGCCCGGUUUAACCCAUCUACGUAGGUUCCAUGGAGCCACUGAAGAACAUAUUAUCUCGAGCAGGCUCGCUGUCGAACUGGAAAAAUCUCGAACAGUCGCAAAAGGGAAACUCUACCAAUCCUGUAUGGACCGCGCUUUUCGACUAUGAAGCGUCUGGCAACGACGAGCUCACCCUCCGCAAAGGUGACUUGGUCGAAGUGCUGUCACGAGACUCGGAGAUAUCCGGAGAUGAGGGCUGGUGGGCGGGUAAGGUAAACAAUAAGGUUGGCAUAUUCCCAUCGAACUACGUCUCCUUCAAGCCAAGCGGCUAUGGCAAACUGCAGGGCAGCGGAGUGGUCGGCCCAGCAGUUGUGGCCGAGUUUCAACCCGAGGCGGUGGAUUUUCGGGAUCUAAGCUUGCAAGAGGUUAUUGGCGUGGGUGGCUUCGGUAAGGUGUACCGUGGGACGUGGAGAGGGGACCUGGUGGCCGUGAAGGCUGCCCGCCAAGACCCGGACGAGGACAUCAGCGUCACAGCCCAAAAUGUAGUGCAGGAGGCUAGGCUGUUUGCCAUGCUCACUCACCCGAACAUUAUCGCCCUCAAAGGGGUUUGCCUGCAGGAACCAAACCUGUGCCUCAUUAUGGAGUACGCCGCCGGUGGCCCGUUGAGCCGGGCCCUGGCCGGACGUCGCAUCCCCCCGCACGUCCUUGUCAACUGGGCCGUGCAGAUAGCCAAGGGAAUGCUCUACCUCCACAGCGGGGCCAUUGUGCCCGUCAUCCACAGGGACCUGAAGUCAAACAACAUUCUCCUAGCCGAGCCUAUUGAGCAGGAGAGCAUGGAGGGGAAGACGCUGAAGAUCACAGACUUUGGCCUGGCGCGGGAGUGGUACAAGACCACCAAGAUGAGCACGGCGGGCACCUACGCCUGGAUGGCCCCCGAGGUCAUCAAGUCCUCCACCUUCUCCAAGGGCAGCGACGUCUGGAGUUAUGGUGUGCUCCUGUGGGAGUUGCUGACCGGUGAAGCUCCCUACCGGGGCAUCGAUGGUCUGGCCGUGGCCUACGGGGUGGCUGUCAACAAGCUGACCCUCCCCAUCCCCUCCACCUGCCCCGAGCCCUUCGCCCAGCUCAUGUCCGAGUGCUGGGACCAGGACCCUCACCGGCGGCCCAGCUUCGCCUCCAUCUUGGAUCAGCUGACAGCCCUGGAGCUGCAGGUAAGGGAGGAGAUGCCUCAGGACUCCUUCCACUCGCUGCAGGAGGACUGGAAACUGGAGAUCCAGCACAUGUUUGACGAGCUGCGCGCCAAGGAGAAGGAGCUGCGUUGCCGUGAGGAGGAGCUGAAGCGUGCGGCGCUGGAGCAGAAGUCCCACGAGGAUUUCCUGCGUCAGCGCGAGCAGCAGCUGGCCCAGUGGGAGCAGGACGUGUUCGAGCGCGAGCUCAGCCUCCUCAUCCUCCACAUGAACCAGGAGAAGCCCAACGUCAAGAAGCGCAAGGGCACCUUCAAGAAGCACAAGCUCAAGAGCAAGAACGGGGAGAAGAUCAGCAUGCCACAGGACUUCAUCCAUAAGAUCACAGUGCAGGCGUCCCCAGGGCUGGAGAAGAGGAGGAACUCUCCGGAUUUGGGAACGGGAACGUCGCCCACCUUCGGCCCGCGCUUCCGAGCCAUCCAGUUGAGCCCUAGUGAUAACAGCCGUGCGUUUGGGCUUGGGUCCCCGUUCUCCAUGGAGUCUCUCCCUCUGAAGGCGGCUAACGGGGAGCGCAGGCUGGCCCCCCACUGGGGCCCCCAGAGCCCCAAGAGCCCCAAGGUCCUACGCCUGAGUCCCCAGGAAAGCAGUCUCUGCAUGAGGGCCAAGCUCCUGGACACGGAUAGCAGUGAGAACGGAGACUCCAAGGCAGACUAUGAGGAGUACAGACCAUCCUCCCAUGAAUGCACCCAUAAUGGCUCUGGGUCCUCCUCUGUCUCUGUGAGGGAGCCUGUCUGGACCACCCUGCCCGAGGAGGACACUGAGAGUGAGGAGGGCGGCUCCCCCUGCAGCUCCCCUCGACACGACCGGGGGAGCCACCACCACCACAACCAUCACCAGCACCACCACCACCACCACCCCAAAGCCACCCACCGUGCCCUGCUCAGUAGCACCGUCCUGCUGGCCGCCGUGGCAUGGGGCCGGGCACUAGAGCCAGAGCCCGUGGACACCCCCCCCAAAGUGCCCCCCAGGACUAACCCUACCCCUCUUCCACCCGUUCCCGCCGCAGCCUCCCUCGUUCCCCCUUCGCCCUGCCCGGCCCACCCCCCCUGUCCGGAAGUGAAAGUCGAAUCGGACCCGGCGGUGGUAGACGACCUCAUCACCUUCAGCACAGACUCGCUCCCCAGGGGGCUCCUGUUCGACUUCCCCCCGCCUGCCCUGUCACGCUCCCCCGCGGAGAGCCGGCCGCUGCCCCUCACGCCCCCGCCGCCCAACCCCCACCAGCACCGGCACCGCACCCCCCAGCACAGCCCCAAAGGGUGGGCCGCCCCCCCCUCCAGCAAUGGCGAGCCGGCCAGCGACCCGGCCGCCAGCCAGGGAGGGGAGAGGAGGAGGCGGUGCAGCCAAGGCCUGCACGCCUCUCAGCUGGCGUUGGACCUGCCCAUGUGCCAGGACAGCCAUCAGGCCCCCUUCACCAUCUACCCCCCCAACCCCCACCUGCUGAGUCCCAAGUCCCCCCGCAUGGAGGUGCAGAUCAUCUCACGCCCGCGCCCCUCGCCCAUGCGGCCCCGCAUCGACCCCUGGAGCUUCAUCUCGGCCGGCGCCACACGGGCCGGAGCGGCCGGCGGCAGCAAGCCAGGCACCCCGUCGGACGCCCGCUCUCCCGGGGCCUCGUCGCUGGGCUACCAGCUGUCCCCGACCAACCCCUUCAUCACGAACUGCGGGCACCCCUUCCCCUCGCCCGAAUACGAUCCGUUCACCCUCAAGGCCCAGCCAGUGACCACAGUCACCGUCGACUCCCCCUCGCCCUCCCGCGAAUCCCCCUCGCCCUUUGACCCCUUCUCGGCUCCGCCGUUCCCCGGCGGUGCCGCCACCACCUCGCGCUCCGCACCUUGCUCGGCUAACGGGAGCCCGACUCUGUCCUCGCUCCGCGUGGCCCCGCUCAACCCGGCCGACUCGCCCUUCGUGGACCUGGGCUGGGCGGCGACAGCGGCGGCCACCGUGACUGCGACGUCGAUGACGCGCGGACGGCCACUAGAGGUCGCCAAAGAGCGGCUGCUAUCACCGCGGAGGGCUCUAGGGCUCAGUCCCUUCAGGUCCCCGACACAACUCAGAGAAGAUCGCUUCUGAACACACACACACACACACACACACACACACACACACACACACACACACACACACACACAUACACACACACACACCCAUGGCCAACAUACACAUACAUACCCCCAUGGCUAACAUACACACAAAAUGCCCCUCUUCCCAUCCACCACAGUCUCACAGGGAGAUCCGAUUUUUCUUCUGUAUUUCUAUUGGGUGUUAAGUCAUAAAAGAGUUAAGAGAGCUUCCUCUGAGGUAACGUGGUGAGAUAGCCAUUGCCUAUUUCAGGGCACAGGGGGUUUAGACUCUUUCUCAAAGGAAAAAGAAAAAAUGGAGAAGGAGACAAGAACAAGAAAAGGAAAAUACACACAGCUCCAGUAGGGGCCUGUUCUGGACAGCUAGCGUGAGAGACAGGGAGAGGGCCAUAACCAGGAAGUUUGUGUACAUCCCCCAUGUUGCCAUGGAGAUGAGGGGGGGGGGGGGGGGUACCGCUAGCAUACACCCUGCAUUAAAAAACGUUUCCAAAACUAGAAAAACAUAAAGCCACAGCUGCCAUGGUCUUCCACAUUCUGUAUGUAGACCUAUCCAGACAAGACUGGUGAGAGUGACUUGUAUUGAUCUACCGAAUCGCAGUCCUGAAUUUAUGUGUGUUCUGUCAGUGAAUUUUUUGUGAAAGAGUGGUGUUAAGCUUCUCAAGUGUCUCCCAGUAUGCAAUUCUCAUUCGCUCACUAAGGCUUGGCUAAAAUGUGGAAAAAUGGGUGGUACACACACACUCACAAACAUGCACACAAACGCAUACACAUACACACACUAACUCACGCGCACACACAUACACACACACUAACUCCUGUCACUCCAAGCUUUGUCGGCCUUGUCAAACGUUAUGGAGCCAGGGUUGAGUGUGAGUGAUGCUACUGUUGCUGAGUGGGGAAUGCGGGGGGAGGUCACAUCUAUACGAAGGCCAUUUUUAUUUUGUUUUUAUUUGUUAUGUUUUAUUUUUUGGUAAACGGGGGAUAAGUGAGAUCCACAAAGUCGAGCCUGUUCUUGCGAAAAGGCAGAUUCCUGGCAUUCCGAGGACAUUCCAGAACACAAAUGAGCUUUUGACCCAUGAUGAAGAAAAGCGAAAUAAUAGAGCAAAAGAUAGAGAGAGGGGACACACACACACACACACACUCUACACAUUCCACACUCUUGUGCCAAAGAAUGUGACCGCUCAGGCCUUUUCUUUUUUGUUGUUGGCCGCCCUUCGCUGAGAGUCCUGCCAUCAUUGUCAUGUCUGACCAUGCAACCCUGCUCUGAUCCUGCGCUUGCUGUUGGGACGCCGUGCUCAUAGGUGGGGCUGCCUCUCUUUUUACCUCUCUAUCUCCUCCUCUCUUUCCCUCUCUAUCCCCUCCUCUCCUCCUCUCUUUCCCUCUCUAUUCCC